AUGGAUUAUGGGAAUGGAAACUAUCCUCCGAUUCCUUACUUCAAUACAGGAGUAUAUCCAGGGUAUGACAUGAAUAAUCCACCUAUCUAUUUUCCACAACAUCCCAGCAACUUACUGAGAGACCCUUUUAGAAGUAAUAGUCCUUUUGCACAAGAACAAGCGCCUUAUCCCAUUGAGCAAGAUCAAGGGCGGUGGAAUUUUCCUCAUGAUUAUCAGAACCUUCCGAUGCGCCCAUAUCGUCAGGUUGUGUCUGUGACGAAUCCUGAACAAGAUGAUUUAUCCGUAGAGAGAUCGUAUACACCAACGUUUCAAGGCAGCGGGCCUCCUCUAUUUCCUGAUGAAACUCAUGACGAGAUGAGAAGAGCUGUUGCCUUUGCGAUGACUGCUGAACAAUUCGAUCUCGAUGAGAAAUUACAAUUACUACUUAACCAACUGAAUUUACUUUCCGGUGACAUGAAAGAGUGUAUGCAAGAGCUAACUGCUUAUCCUGAUAAACUCAAUGACCCCACUCGUACUUUCCCAGUGAAGCCUUCUCCAAAUAGUGUAAAAGCUCCAAUAGUAGGGGAUGAUCCUAGAAGAGUUAUAGUUAAUACAAGUAAUAAAUUAAUAAAAGUUCCUAAAGUGGUAAACGCUUCUGAAGAAUGCGAGACGGAACCCCAAUCUAAUGAUAUUUUAGUGGUGGAUAGCUCAAAGCAGAGUGUUAGGUCAUUAACGGAUUGGGUCCCACUAGCCAAUGGAAAAAAACGAAAAGUAAAUGUUGUACUAAACGAAUCGAAUGAAUCUGUGAGUCCGCAAUCAAAAAAGAAAACCGAAGCAGGUAGUAAAAUUGGUUCUUCGUCUGUAUUAGAUGAACAGAGAGAUGUUAAAGAUGAAGUUCAAUGGUAUGAACAAACUUUAGUAAAACCUAUUCCUAUCAAGAUAGAGGAAACAGAUGAUGCUUUAAACUGUGAUACUUAUUCAACAAUAGAUUUAACGAAUAUUCAAAGUGAUUCUGGAACAGUUAUCAUAGAUGACAGUUCAGAUACUCGUGCCACCUCGUUCGAUAUGGAUAUUGAACCAAUCAGUCGGGUUGAAUCUUGCCAAGCUUCACCUUCUGAUGCUGCUCUAGAAAAGUCAGCUGAGUUGAAGUCAUUGGAGAGCGCUAAAAAUGAGGUAUGUGGUUUAUUUUAUCCCUAUAACUCGAGUUAG